CUCGCGUGUGCCCCGCAAGCAUCCCGAGGCCCUCCUGGAGUCCCCGCAGCACACGUGGGACCGCUGAUUUAGAGAACUGUCCGCAGCCGAGGGACGCGCCUGCUCCGCGCCCCGGGCUCCCAGGGCGCGGCGAGAGGAGAGCGCGAGGCCUGCGCCGGCGCGCCUCUGAGCUGAGGCUGAGGCGGCAAGGGCGGGCCAGGCAGGGGAUCCGCGGCCGGAGACGCGCGCCUCGGAGGGCGAGCCCUAGGCGCCGGGGCCGGGUGGGGGGUCCCGCGCUCUGUCUCCCUCGGGUGUGGGGCGGGCGGGGUGGUUUUCCUGUCUUCUCGCCUCAGGCCGCAGCACGCGGCGCGCGAGCCCUCAGCUCCGCCGUCGGGGGCCCCCGGGGGCCGCGCCGACGCCUCGCCAGCGGACGGCCGCGGAGCCCCUCGGCCUGAACUUCUUGCCGGUGCGGAGAAACGGCAGGGCUGGGCGGCACGGCUGAAGGAGGCGGGCCUGCAAGCGCGGCAGGCCGCUCCGACGCCGAGCAGCCGCUCCUCGGCCGCGGCCCCGACCCCGGCCCGGCGGGGAAGGCGCGCGCCCGGCCUCCAGGACUGUUGGGCCCCGGCGCCCGCCGUAGACCUCGUGACAGGCGUCGCCCGGCAGCCGGCGACGCGCCGCUCGGCCCGCGCCCUGCGCUCGCCAUGUCGGCGCUGGACGCGCUGUGGGAGGACCGGGACGUCCGCUUCGACGUGUCCUCGCAACAAAUGAAAACAAGACCUGGAGAAAUCCUUAUUGAUUGUUUAGAUUCAAUUGAAGACACCAAAGGAAAUAAUGGGGAUAGAGGUAGACUCUUAGUAACAAAUUUAAGAAUUAUCUGGCACUCUUUGGCAUUACCCAGAGUCAAUCUUUCUAUCGGUUACAACUGCAUAUUGAAUAUUACAACAAGGACUGCUAAUUCUAAAUUACGAGGCCAAACCGAAGCUCUUUAUAUACUAACAAAAUGUAACAGUACUCGUUUUGAGUUUAUAUUUACCAAUUUGGUUCCUGGAAGUCCUAGACUUUUUACUUCUGUGAUUGCAGUACACAGAGCAUAUGAAACUUCUAAAAUGUAUCGUGAUUUUAAAUUGAGAAGUGCACUAAUUCAAAAUAAGCAACUAAGAUUAUUACCACGAGAACAUGUAUAUGAUAAAAUCAAUGGAGUAUGGAAUUUAUCCAGUGAUCAGGGAAAUUUAGGAACCUUUUUUAUUACCAAUGUGAGAAUUGUGUGGCAUGCAAAUAUGAAUGACAGCUUCAACGUCAGUAUACCAUACCUGCAAAUUCGGUCAAUAAAGAUUAGAGAUUCAAAAUUUGGUUUAGCUCUUGUCAUAGAAAGCUCUCAGCAGAGUGGAGGAUAUGUUCUUGGCUUUAAAAUAGAUCCUGUGGAAAAACUACAAGAGUCAGUUAAGGAAAUCAAUUCACUUCACAAAGUCUAUUCUGCCAGUCCUAUAUUUGGAGUGGAUUAUGAGAUGGAAGAAAAGCCACAGCCCCUUGAAGCUCUGACAGUCGAACAAAUUCAAGAUGAUGUAGAAAUAGACUCUGGCGAUCACGCAGACGCUUUUGUGGCUUACUUUGCGGAUGGCAAUAAGCAACAAGAUCGUGAACCUGUGUUUUCAGAAGAACUGGGGCUUGCAAUAGAGAAAUUGAAGGAUGGAUUCACCCUGCAGGGACUUUGGGAAGUAAUGAGUUGAUCUUGAGUUGAGCUGGAUUUCUAUUUAAAGAUAUUUCAAGAUUAAAGAUACUAGUCGCCUGCUAUAAGGCAUGGAAUAGUUUUUACAUUUUCAGAAAAAGCUUUUGAGAGAGUUUUUUAAUGAUUAAGGGAAAACUCAUUUAUCUAAGAUUUUACUGCCAGUUUUCUAAAAAUUAUAUUUGAAAUUGUAAUCGAAAUGUAUCUGGUGUGUUGUAAAUAUGUUUAUUUUGUACCUAAAACUUAUAAAUUAUUAGUCUGUGGAUAUUAAAAGACUGUAUCAUGUUGAGUUUAAUAAAGAAUUUAUGCGGUACCAUUAAAUGUUUUGAAAGUUAUUUAAAAGCAUAAGACUAUUCUUAUGGAGUAAUCAAAAUACUGCUUUUUUAAUUAUAAAUUAUUAAAAAUCUGGUUUAAAUAUAUUUAUCACAUAGCUCGAAACGUAAGCCAACUCGAAUAUAAAUUACAAACAAAUUUGUCAUUUUUAGGUAAUCAUUUAUGUAAAAACUAAAAAUUAUAGCUAACUUUGGAGGAUAUCAACCCCUAUGUAAAGUUUGGGGCACUAUUUUGUAAAUAAUUUCAAUAUCGUUUUGACAAGAAUACAUUUAUUUUGUAAGGAAAUAGUUUUAAUUAGUUUGUAAAUAAAUAGUUCAUUUAUUGACGUUC